GCCCUUUUUAUUAAAUUGAUGAACUGUCGCUAAAAGUGUUGCAUUUCUUUACCUCGGAGAAGAGCAAAGCCAAAAAGUCCAUCAGGAUCAGACGAUGAGGAGUGCGUUGGGGCUCUGUGUCCUGGGCCUGCUGUGCCUCUACAGCCCGGUGUCUGGGCAGGAUGCAGUGCAGGUCCAGCCUGGCGUCCUGAUCUUUUGUGACGACCCGUCUGUAGAGAAAGCCGUCCACAGUGCCGUGCACAAGUUCAACGAGGCACUAAACAGCGGACACAACCUGGCCCUCUUUCAGAUACUUUCAGCCAGGAAGUCAGAGAAUGGCUCAGACUCAGUGUACUCGCUGGAGUUCACCAGCAGGAGGAGCGACUGCCUAGCUGGAAGCAACAAACCCUGGACAGACUGCGACUACCUGCCUUAUGGACGCAAGGAGCCAAUUUCAUGCAAUGCCACCGUCUACAUGACAGAGACUGAAGCAGACACCAGACAGGUGGACUGCAUGUUGGAUAAUUUAAUCAUUCCAGAGAAAGCGUCUUGUCUGGGCUGCCCUGAGGACAUCGAUGAGAACUCAGAGGACCUUAAAACUCCUAUUUCAGUCUCCAUCGCCAAGUAUAACUCCAUCUCCGACUCUACUCACCUGUUCUCCCUGCACACUGUCGGCCCCGCCACCAGACAGGUUGUUGCAGGUUUCAGGUUCAAGCUGACGUUUGAUAUGAAGAAGACGACGUGCGCCAAGGCAGACCACAAAGACCUAAAUGAACUGUGUGUCCAUGAUGACGAGAACCUGGAGUUUGCUUACUGUAACUCUACAGUGGAUGUAGCACCGUGGAGACUCGAGCCCCCAGUGGCCAACAUAGAGUGUGACGCAGGAGCAAUGCCUCCAGUGGAGUUCACCAGGCGUCGUCCUCCUGGUUGGUCUCCACUCAGAAGAGUUGUCAAACCCUCCUCGACUAUCCCACCUCCAAUUAAUCCAACCGCGCCGUCUACAUUCAAAACCGCACAAGAGUCGUCUGAGGAGGACACCAAGACCUCAAAACCCACCGCCUCCCCCAGUUUUACGAGCGCAAACCUCUUCCACUGCCCAUCCGAGCCCUGGAAACCGUUCAAUCCCAUCGAACCUGCAAUGUCCGCAGGUCCUACAAAGGCUCCUGAAGUCGAGGAGGGAUUGAAAGAUACCGACCUGAUUGCAUGAAGUUUUUCCUCCAGGGAACCUCAUUUAUAUUCAUAAUAAUCUCACUUGUCAUGCUCUCACAGCUGAUUCUUUUUUAUUUUAUUUCGUAGACCAUUCUGCAUUAGACUGAGUUGCAUCCUCCAAGCUGUUGCACAGAUUUGAAACUGCAACAGUCACGUUGAUAAAAUAGCAAGCAAAGGAGAAAAGUAAAUACAAAAGCAACAUAUUUUGGACAUUGUAGCACACUCAGAGAAAAAGAAAAAAGACUGACGUGAUGAUAAAGCUCUGCACUGUUAUCAUAUGAAGUGAAAAAUCUAAGUAAUGCACAUUUAACUGCCCACUUUGUGGAUUAAACGAGAUGUGAGAAAUGGAGAAGAGUACAUUGAAAGUCUGUCAUCCUCAUCAGGAAGAAUAUUCAAGAAAACAAAAUAAAACUUUGUUCUGUU